AUGGCUACCCUGAACCGAGCCGACACUACUACCACCACAGCCAACGGCGGCAGCGGCACCACUCCGGCUGCCUCCGUCGCCAUUGCCAUGCCUUCGCUUCCUCACCCGCCACUGGACGCCGACGAGUUCCGCAGGCAGGGGCGCCUGGUCGUGGACUUCAUCGCGGACUACUACACGCGCAUCGACGAGUACCCCGUGCGCCCGGACGUCGCUCCGGGGUUCCUGGCCCGGCAGCUUCCCGAGGCAGCGCCGGCGCGGCCGGAGCCCGACGCGCUGGCCGCGGCGCUGCGCGACGUCCGCGACCUCAUCCUGCCGGGCGUCACGCACUGGCAGAGCCCCCGCCACUUCGCGCACUUCGCGGCCACGGCCAGCAACGUGGGCGCCCUCGGCGAGGCCCUCGCCGCGGGGCUUAACGUGAACCCGUUCACGUGGGCCGCCUCGCCGGCGGCCACCGAGCUCGAGGUCGUCGUCACCGACUGGCUCGGCAAGGCGCUGCACCUCCCGGAGAGCCUGCUGUUCUCCGGAGGCGGCGGGGGCACGCUGCUGGGGACGUCCUGCGAGGCCAUGCUCUGCACCAUCGUCGCCGCCAGAGACCGGAAGCUCGCCGAGGUAGGCAACGAGCGGAUGGGGAACCUUGCGGUCUACGGCUCCGACCAGACCCACUUCUCCUUCCAGAAGGCCGCGCGCAUCGCCGGCAUUCGCCGGGGAAACUACCUGCCGGGUAACGACCGUGGGGACCACCCCGACGGCGGCGGUCGACCCUCUCUGCGAGCUCUCCGCCACGCCGUCGCGGGCGCCGAGGCCGCGGACUCGUUCAGCACGAACCCGCACAAGUGGCUCCUCGCCAACAUGGACUGCUGCGCGCUCUGGGUGCGGCGUCCGGCGGCGCUGACGGCCGCGCUCGGCACCGACCACGACGUGAUCCUCAAGGACCCGUCUGCGGCGCAGGCGCAGGCGCAGCAGGGCGGCGCGGUGGUGGACUACAAGGACUGGCAGGUCGCGCUAAGCCGCAGGUUCCGCGCGCUGAAGCUGUGGUUCGUGCUCCGCUGCCACGGCGUGGAGGGCCUGCGCGGCCUCGUGCGCGCCCACGUGUGCAUGGCCGCCGCGUUCGAGGCCAUGGUGCGCGCCGACGCGCCGUUCGAGGUGCCUGUGCCGAGGCAGUUCGCGCUGGUGUGCUUUCGGCUGCGCGCCGCCGCCGCGGUCGUCGUCGGGGAGAAGCGCGCCCGCGACGGCGAUGAGGUGGCGGCGGCUGGCAACGAGCUCAACCGGAGGCUCCUCGAGGCGGUCAACGCGACGGGGCGCGUGUACAUGAGCUCCGCCGUGGUCGGCGGCGUCUACAUUCUGCGCUGCGCCAUUGGCAACUCGCUCACCGAGGAGCGGCACGUCCGGGAGGCGUGGAGCGUCGUGCAAGAGCAGGCCACCGCUAUCUUGGCUGCUGCGACGCCGACGCGCUCGAAUGGGCGGACGGUUCGCCGUGCGCGUUGUGACGCAGAGACCGAUGUGCCGACGGCCCAGCCUCUUUCUCUUGGGUAG